AUGUCAGACGAUAUUUUGGCCGGGGAGCUCGAGAACCUCAAAAUCCGAGACUCGAGUCCCGCAUUGGCCUCUUCCCCACCAAAACACGAGUCCGAAUUGUCUUCGUCUCCACCACGGACGCCAGAGAUCAAGAAAGAAAACGUUGUCAAAUUUGAAGAGUCUAAGCCUGAAGAGUAUGUUGGAGUUGAUGAGCUCCAAAAGUUCAGAGAGACAUUUUUCGAGUUCAUCGAACAGUUCCCAGAGAUCGUUGAACAGCAAGAAGUGUGCAACAUUCAAGAUAAGGCGUUGGUGAUUCUCUCGCCUUUAUCAGUGAAGCACCGUUUUGGCAGAGAUUGGGUUAGCAAGGCUUAUAUCUCCUCAAUUGUUGAGAGGCCACAGAGACUUCUGGCCGUUUCGAUCGGAAUAUCUGCUGCCUUGUCUAUGUUUCCAUCCUAUUACACUUUCAUCAGUUCCACCACGUUGGGUGCCUUGGACUCGCCACACGUGCUGAAGGUUCACGGAAGGAAGUGGCUUGACCAGAUCGUUGAACUGUGUGCCAAAUCCACUGCCAAGCUAGAGAAUGGCGAAAUUGAAGUUCCAGAUGAAUGGAACUCGGGUGAUAUCUACCUGACUGCCGAUACUUUGCUGGCCCUCAAAGGUGUUGUGGGUGCUGUUGAGACUGCUGUUGACCAGGUUCACAGCUCAAAAGCGAAUUCGGGGGAGGCUCCUAAGAGGGCUUUCGUGGCCAUUAGACCACCAGGCCAUCACUCUCAUCCAUGUACUCCCUCUGGGUUUUGUCUCAUCAACAAUGCUCAGAUAGCAAUUCUGUAUGCCCACGCAAAGUUUGAUGUGACUCAUGCUGUUAUUCUAGAUAUAGACCUACAUCAUGGAGACGGCACACAGGAUAUCUGCUGGGAACAGGGUGGGUUCAAAGCUGAUUACGGUGAUUCCGAGGACUCAGAGGGAUACGACGAGUACGAGAAGAGGGCUCCAACAGGUCCCAAAGUUGGAUACUUCUCUCUUCAUGACAUCAACUCUUUUCCCACGGAACUUGGCUAUGCCACUUCUGAAAAUGUAAAGAACGCUUCGCUGUGUCUCAUGGGACAUGACAUGUGCAUUUGGAAUGUUCAUCUACAGCCGUAUAAGACUCAGGCAGAAUUCGAUGAUCUCUACUACAACCAAUACUGUGAAUUGUUCAAACGCGCUGAGAUGUUUUUGAAGAAAAGCAAACUCGAACACGAUGAGAAAAUCCUAGAAGCUAGGAAAAGAAAACAGCCAAUACCCGCUCCUUUCAAGGCGCUGGUAGUGAUGUCAUCCGGGUUUGACGGUUCCGAAUUUGAAACCCAGACGAUGCAAAGGCACAAAGUAAAUGUCCCCACCUCUUUCUAUGCCAGAUUUACCUCCGAUACUGUCAAUCUGGCCAACUCUUACUCAGAGGGCCGCCUAAUAUCCUUUUUGGAGGGAGGCUACUCCGAUGCGGCUCUUUCUUCUGGUGUAUUUGCGCAUAUGGUGGGAUUACAACAGCAGAAGUGGGACGAAAGCUGGGGAAAAGACAGCCUUGUGAAAGAGCUGGUUAAAGGGUGUAGACCCAAGUGGACACCCGUGAAGGCUCCGAGAUCAGACGUCUCCAAAUGGGCGAAUUGGGUUUGCAGGAUGGGCAGAGACAUGGUUCCAGAUGCUGUGAUACUCCCAACCGCUUCUAAGCCUGUCAGUGGGUUGUCAUCUCUCAGUGGCUCCAACGUGUAUGCUACGAGAGCAACUAGGAUGACGACGCGGUCUCAUGCUCAGCACAAUGAAUCUGAGAAGGAGAACAGCACUCCAGCAGCUUCCUCCGAAGAUUAUCCCUCGAGUCCGAUGAAGAUAGACACUCCGAUCAAGAACAAUAGUGUUGCAAGUACUAUGAGCCCGUUGGAAUCUGCACGAUUUCUUGAUUUUGACUGA